AAAGGUUGGACAGGAAACAUCUUGGCAAUAGUCUUCCUGAAGUCCUUACUUAAAACGUCUUGUCACAAGCUGUUCCUUAGAAGCCAUUUGUUGAAAGCCUCGGGGUGUGUCGAGAGGAACAUUUGGCGCGGGAUGUCGAUCCAUCUGUUCAAUGAAGCUGACCACGCUGAGCUGUAUCAGAAGUUCCGCCCAACUUAUGGUCCAGAGUUGGCGGAGAAAAUAGUGAAGUUUGUAAAGGAAAAGAAAACUCCACCUCUGGACCAAGCCGUUGACAUCGGCUGUGGCUCCGGCCAGAGUACAGUCAUCCUCGCACCACACUUCCAGCACGUCAUCGGCAUCGAUGUCAGCCAGUCGCAGGUUGCCACGGCAGCAGGACAAAACAAACUCAGCAAUGUCCAAUACAGAGUUGGCAGUGCCGAGCACAUCCCUGUUCCAGACUCCAGCGUAGAUCUGGUGACUUGUGGGACCUCAGCUCAUUGGUUUGACUUCCCCAAGUUCCACAGAGAGGUGGACCGGGUACUGAAACCACAUGGCUGUCUGGCUGUCUAUACCUAUAGCCAAAGCUCUCUCAGCUACAAGGACGCUAAUACUACUGAAGAACUGAAUAGAAUGUUCAUGGAGUUUGACAGUGGUCCCAUUCAUGACUGCUGGCAUGAGAGGCGGUGGCUUGCUGCAAAUAAAUAUCGAGAUCUUCCAAUGCCUUAUGAGGACAACAUUAGGGAUGAGUCCAUGUCUAUAGAGAUGGACUACACCCUGCCUGGGUACAUAGGCUACCUGUCCACAUGGGCAAUAUACAGGGAGUUCUGUAAACGUAACCCUGAGGACAAGGGCGCCAUUCUACAGGACCUACAACAGAGCCAUUUGUUAAAAGCUACGGGGUGUGUCGAGAAGAAGAUUUGGCGCGGGAUGUCGAUCCAUCUGUUCAAUGAAGCUGACCACGCUGAGCUGUAUCAGAAGUUCCGCCCAACUUAUGGUCCAGAGUUGGCGGAGAAAAUAGUGACUUUUGUGAAGGAAAAGAAAACUCCACCUCUGGACCAAGCCGUUGACAUCGGCUGUGGCUCCGGCCAGAGUACAGUCAUCCUGGCACCACACUUCCAGCACGUCAUCGGCAUCGAUGUCAGCCAGUCGCAGGUUGCCACGGCAGCAGGACAAAACAAACUCAGUAAUGUCCAAUACAGAGUUGGCAGCGCCGAGCACAUCCCUGUUCCAGACUCCAGCGUAGAUCUGGUGACUUGUGGGACCUCAGCUCAUUGGUUUGACUUCCCCAAGUUCCACAGAGAGGUGGACCGGGUACUGAAACCACAUGGCUGUCUGGCUAUCUAUACCUACAGUAUAAACUCUCUCAGCUACAAGGACGCUACUGAAGAACUGAAUAGAAUUUUUCACGAGUUUUAUUACCACGGUCCCAUUCGUGACUGCUGGCAUGAGAAGCGGUGGCAUGUUGACGACGGAUAUCACAGUAUUCCCAUGCCUUAUGAGGACAACGUCAGGGAUGAGUCCAUGUCUAUAGAGAUGGACUGCACUCUGCCUGGGUACAUAGGCUACCUGUCCACAUGGUCAGCAUACAGGGAGUUCUGUAAACGUAACCCUGAGGACAAAGGUGCCAUUCUACAGGACCUACAACAGAGGUUCUAUGAGGCCAUGAGAACAACCAUACCACCUGAGGAAGUGAUCAUACGUGCAUCUUAUCCUGUCGUCUUACUCUUGGCCAGGAAACCACAGAAAUCCUCCCCUCUGCUCCAUGCUGUUGACGUGGGCUGCGGCUCGGGUCAGAGUUCAGAGAUCCUGGCUCCUCACUUCCAACACGUCCUGGGGAUGGAUGUCAGCGAACCUCAGAUUGCCAUGGCAACAGCUAACAACAAACACGAGAAUGUUGAAUACAGGGUGUCCCCGGCCGAGUCUAUCCCAGCCCCAGACGGGAGCGUUGAUCUGGUGAUGUGUCUGGAGUCUGUUCACUGGUUCGAGCUGGAGAAGUUCCAUGCGGAGGUGGACCGGGUACUGGUGCCGGGGGGAUGUCUGGCAGUGGCCGGUACCAUCGACGAUAUCUUCCCCCAAGAAGAGCUGACCCGUAUUGCAAAUCAAUUCCGCCAUGAGGGUCCCAUGAGAGAGUGCUACCACGAGAAGCUCAACCAGUAUCUCUUCACGGAGUACAGAACCCUGCCGAUGCCGUAUGACGGGACCGUUAGAGAUGAGUCGAUGUCUAUCAAAGCGGAAUUUACCAUCCCACAAUACGUCAGUCUGGUGUCCACUUAUUCAGCCUAUCGCGAGUACUGUAGACGCAAUCCUGAAGAUAACGGCGCAUUUCUACAAAACUUCCAAAAAAGUCUGUACGAGGCCACAGGGUCCACGAAACCGGUGGAAGAGGUGACGGUUGAGGUCUCGUUCCCUGUGUUCUUACUGAUGGUGAGGAAGCCGCAGGUGUAGAGAACUCUUCUCAACUAUCCUGAUGUCAGGCUGGCACCACUCCAUCUGCGUUUGAUGCUCCAUUUCAUGGACUAGCACAUAAUCUUUGCAUGCUGUUACGCGAUGUAUGGCAUGGUCUUUUUGGGAUUCAGUUGAUGUUUUUAUCUGCCUAACUCUGCGAUCAUUCUAAAGAAGACUCAUUCCGUCUGCUUAACUGUACGACAGUUUAACGACCGCAAUAUUAGCUAACUGACUGACACUCCAGAACCA